AUGUGCAAAGCUCUGAUACAAAGACAAAUGUCAAGUCAAAUCUCAACAUUAUCCACUUGGAAGUCAAUGCAUGUGAAUAAAACAUCCAACCGAUUUCUUAACUACUUCAUUUGGAUGUUAGUCGACGCAUUUUUGAUGAUACUGGUGACUGCUGGUAUGGUUGUAAUGGUCAAUACUAUAGGUAAACUCGAUACAUGGAUUGAAAAACACUACUAUGUGUCAUAUAUUUUUAUGUUUUCUUUCAAAAGUUUAAUGAGUUAUUCACAGUCAAUUUUGUGAAACAGUCUGUUGUCUUCAAACUGAAUUCACCAUUUUGCAAUCUAUGCAGUUUGAGGUUAAAUUUAGUCAAGUUUCUGCCAAGAACCGAGAAUAUUCAGAUCAGAAUAUGUUACCUGCUUGAUACUAUUGAUGAAGGUCGAGAAAGUAAACACAAAUUCUUCACGCUAUAUACUACUAAGUUGCUGUCUGGUGUUAUUAACUGGAUGCCGUAUACAUCGAU